AUGCGCAGUUUGCCACAAACGUGCGCGAGCUCGAUCAAGAAGCUCCUGGCUUUGUUUUCGCUGAUGUCGGGGGGAGAGAAGAUAGUCGAGUGUGUCCCCAACUUCUCCGAGGGCCGGCGUGCCGACGUGGUGGAGGCUAUAGCGGCUGCAGUCAGGGAAACGGAAGGAUGCUCCCUGCUCGACGUAGCCCCGGGGGACUCCACUAACCGGACAGUCUACACGUUUGUCGGACGUCCGGAAUCAGUGCUGGAGGGAGCGCUUGCCGCCGCGCGCGUCGCCUUCAAGCUCAUUGAUAUGACCAAACAAAAGGGUGAACAUCCAAGACUCGGUGCUCUAGACGUCUGUCCCUUCAUCCCCGUUGCCAACGUUACCAUGGAGGAAUGUGCCGAGUUGUCACGGAGAUUCGGGUGUCGCCUGGCAACGGAGCUGAGCGUCCCGGUCUACCUGUACGAGUACGCGGUUGCCGUGGGAAACGAUCGCGACUAUCGACGAACUCUCCCUCAGAUUAGAGAAGGAGAGUAUGAGAGACUCCGGAAUAAGAUACAAAAACCAGAGUGGGCUCCCGAUUUUGGACCGGCUGAUUACAUUCCGUCGUGGGGUGCCACGGUAACUGGGGCGCGGUCUUUCCUCAUCGCGUACAACGUGAAUCUCCUGGCAACCAAGGAGCAAGCCCACCGCAUCGCUCUCAACAUUAGAGAACAGGGGCGAGGUCCUAGUCAGCCAGGAAGACUGAAGGCAGUGAAGGCCAUUGGGUGGUAUCUUGAUGACCAAGACUUGGCCCAAGUCUCUAUCAACAUAUCUGCCGAGUUCUACAUCCAGAGAGAGGGACUGUUCCUGAUGGAGGAGAGGCAGAAGGUUCGACUGGCUGUGGAGAGAUUGGGCCUCGCUUCUCUCGGAGAGUUUAAACCUGAGGAGAAGAUCAUUGAGUACCGAGUGGGCAGUUGCAAGGACGGUCCUCUCCUCUCUUCAUCUCUCAGAGCGUUCCUGUCCAGUCUCUCCGCCAGGACAUCGGCCCCCGGUGGAGGUCUGCCAGCGUCGUAGCUGCCUCCAUGGGAGCAGCGCUGGGUACCAUGGUAGGACUGCUGACGUAUGGGAAGAAAAAGUACGAAGAUCUCGAUGAUGUAAUGCGAAAGACGAUUGGUCCUCUCCAUGACAACCUGCAGAAGAUGAUGCCGUUGGUUGACAGGGACAGCGAAGCCUUUGCUGAGUAUAUGGUGAGCAGAAGAGGCUUUCUCAGAGAGAGAGAGAAACAGGUUUUCCAUCUACUGAUUGCAGAUGGCAUCGAAACUGCCUCAAAAGACUGAAGAAGAGAAGAAGAUACGAGAUGAAAAGAUGGCGGCAGGUAUGAGGACAGCUGUUUCAGUCCCCCUCUCUCUCGUGAGGGCAGGGUGCGAGUGUUGGCCACACCUACUCACACUGGCUACCCACGGCAACAUACAGACCAUGUGCGAUCUAAGAGUGGCCUGUCGUACUCUGGACGCUGGUAUCCAUGGCGCCCACGACAACAUCCUCACCAAUCUCCCCAGCCUCACAACUAGCGACGCCGACUUUGCCGCCUCGGUGCGAGAGGAGGGAGAGAGGCUUGCCGGUUACAGCACCAAGUUGUGCGCUUCAGUUCUCGCCUCCAUUGACGAGAGAGAAAAGGAUUAUAUAAACUGAAGAUAACCCCCAUUUGAUAAUUAGUUAAUAUUUGCACAAUGAGGAUGAUGUAAUGAAUAAUACUCAGGUGGUUGCCAUAGUGCUAGCUGGGGCCAUAGACCAAAUGAUGAUGUAAUGAAAUUAGGAAGAGUGUGUGAUAUUUUAGUUCGUCUUCUUCUUCUGCUGGU